UCCGGCGCGCCGCUCUGCCCCUCGUCUCGCUGGUGGCGGCGGCGCUCCGGCCUCGGUGCCGCCGGUACUUCCGGUGCCGCCGGUACUUCCGGUGCCGCCGGUACUUCCGGUGCCGCCAUGUUGGUAACGGUGAAGGCGCUGCAGGGCCGCGAGUGCAGCCUCGAGGUGUCCCCGCACGAGGAUGUGGCUCAGCUCCGGCUGUUGGUUGCUGAGCGGCUGCAGGUGCCGGUGGAGCAGCAGCGGCUCCUGUACCGGGGCAAGGCCCUGGCGGACGGUCGUCGCCUCUCCGACUACAGCAUCGGACCCUCCGCGCGCCUCAACCUCGUGCUGAAGCCUCCGGGGGGCGGGGCCAAAGGCGGAGGGGGGGCGGGGCCUGAGACCCCGCCCACCCCCCCCGAGGACCUGGGGGUGCCCCCCCCCCCGUGCUUCGCCUUUGGGGGGCCCCUGGCCCAGGUCCUGACCCGGCACUAUGGGGUGCAGGAGGGGGCGAGGGUCCUACAGCAGCUGCAGAAGGACUAUGCUCAGUCCCUGCGCAGCCUCAGUCUGGACGAUCUGGAGCGGUUGGGAACGAGGCUGCUGCAGCCGGAGGGCGGGGCCGAGGGGAGCCCCGCCCCCUCCGCCAGCCCCGCCCCCUCCGCCAGCCCCGCCCCCUCCGCCAGCCCCGCCCCCUCCGCCAGCCCCGCCCCUUCACAAGCGACCACGCCCCUCACCCCCUGAGCCCGCCAAUCAGAAACGGGCCCGUUGGCCCCGCCCCUUUCGUGACCGCGCCCCGCCCGUUUAAAGGGACCGAACCCCAUUAAAGACCCCGUUUUGGGGUGUUUUUUGGGUGUU